AUGCACUGGGCCUUCCUGAGACGUUAUUCUGAAGACACGCGCGUUGAAUUCCCGGUACAUCGAGACACCAGUUCCUUCACCGUAAACGUUCUACUCUCCGAACCUGGUAGGGAUUUUCUUGGUGCAGACCUGUACGCUUUGCCCGAUUCUACUUGUGCUGAUCAUUAUGGCUAACGCUUCAUCUCUUGCCAUUGCCUACAUGAUCGUAAAAACAAUUACUUAAAACUUCUUUACAGUUCAUUUGCGUCCGCGUCCACGUAGAUCUCAUAUUUGAUUCCCAGAUGAGGGAACAGGAGUCUAAACCUUCAUUUCAUCCCACCUCUAAUAUCAAAUAACUGUGGCUGAAUUUCGCAAGCGUUUUGGAGCGGAAACGCUGAGACGAACGGGUGCCAUUGUGAGACAGGAACCUGGUGCCUGCGUAAUCCAUCCCGGACGCAGACUGCAUGGCGUUUUACCCAUAGAGAAAGGACAGCGCAUCACACUCAUAUUGAUGUAUUUGGAUAACGUGUAGGAGUACGUGAACAUUCAUAGAAGUGAUGCAAAUUCUUGUACAGAUUCAGGUCAACAUUUAUGAGAAGCAGUCGCGUAAACACGACAUGAAGAUGUUGAUGUAUAGAUGAAUUUUGGCUAGUUCUUGUAGGUUGGGUUACCGGAACUAUGGCGCUCCUGUUGCACAUGACGAUGUUGAGCUACAGCACAAGGACAUGUAAAAAACAUCAUUUGGUAGACGUCAACGUAAAGAUUGUACUGUACAGACU